AAAGUAGGUCCUGCAAGGAUACCAUUCGCAAAGUAUCAGCCAACGACAUGAAGUUUCUGAUUAUUUUAUUCGCUCUGCUGGCCGCUGCCCUGGCCUUGCCCCAAUAUGGAGGUGGAUAUCGACCAGGAUAUGGGCACGGUGGCCAUGGGAAGGGCGGAGGACAUAACUACGGUGGUGGUGGUGGCUCACAUCACGGACAUGGCAAGGGCAAUCAUGGACAUCGUGGAGGUCAUCACCAUCACUAGAUCGUGCAUUUUUCACAGAUCUAUCCUUUAUAGACCCCCAAGAGACAUUAAUAAAAAGUUUUAUAUGAACAUAUGUA